CUUUCCCUGCAAGGUGGAUGGUCUCUCACUAUCGUUGAGCGGGAAUCUAGCAGACCCUCAAUCUUUGGAUGAGGGAAUCGCUCUUCGUUCGAAGUCUCGGUCACUCAGUCUCCAACGAAUGGUUGAACUGAUCCGAGGCCGUUGGGAGGCUGCAUUCAGAUGGUCCACAUUGGACGACGAUCGCCCGCAAAUAGUGAGGAGAGUUAAUCCGAGGACACUGAGGUUCAAGAGCCUUGCCACUGAGUCUAGCUACUUGAGGCACUCACAGGGUGAGGCUGUCAAACAAGCCCGAUUAUCCGUCAAAGCCAUGGUCUUGUAUCAGUUUGCUUGGGGCGUGACUGAAGAGUUGAUUCGGCCAGGAGUAUUUUCCGUGCCUCUCGGUGUAGCCUUGCUCGUUGUCAUCGCGUUUUACUGCUCAACAAGUACACGCCUAUUUCGCUAUCAUUCUGAUGCUAUGUUAAGCGCCUUGGCAUUCUUCUCGAUGUUGGCAUUCUAUGUCAGGAGGAUGGCGACCAUGGUAGAUGAUGCUCACAUUGUCGCUUGGCUUCCUUUUUUCAUAAACAUCAUCAUGCGAAUCCCAUUCCCGAAAGCACUCGCCAUAUCUUCCAUCCAUUCUGUUCUCUUCGUCUUUCUAUACCUUGCAUACGACUUGGAGCUAC